GCUGGCAAUACCGUGACUGUGUAGCCUAGCCUAUGUUGCGGUACGCAGUGUGAAGAUAACAGGCUGAAUACCGCCAGAUAAAGCAAACUUAUUGGGAAGACGCGAAUGUAAGGACAGAUCUGCCAGUUCUAGCGCACCUCAGGAUUUACUAGAAGAGGACAGCGAGUUGUCAUCUUCAUAUCCUAAUAAGCAAGGAACAGAAUACAUUCCUCUUGUUCUGAGUUAACUUCAGGGCCUGAGACACAACCCUACACCCCCGUUGCAGAACGGUGGUACGGCCGAUAGUUGCAUGGCCGAAAAGCCUCCUGAACCUGAACCGGUCAGCAUCCCGAUGGAGGAAACCAUCUGUAAUGGGGGAACACAGGAGCCAUCUCUGUUGACAAAUCUGAAGAAAGUGGAGAACCACAUCACAGAGGCCCAGCAUUUCUCCCAUCUCCCCAAGCGUUCGGCGGUGGACCUGGAAUUCACAGAGCUCUCCUACACCAUCCGGGAAGGGCCGUGCUGGAGAAAGAGAGGUUUUAAAGCCUUACUGAAAUGCCUUUCGGGGAGGUUCUGCAGCCGAGAGCUGAUUGGAAUCAUGGGGCCCUCAGGGGCCGGCAAGUCCACUCUGAUGAACAUCCUGGCUGGCUACAGGGAAACAGGCAUGAAAGGGAAGAUCCUGGUAAAUGGGAAACCCAGAGAUCUCCGCACAUUUCGUAAGAUGUCCUGUUAUAUCAUGCAGGAUGACAUGCUGCUGCCGCACCUCACUGUCCGGGAGGCCAUGAUGGUUUCGGCCAACUUGAAGCUCAGUGAAAAUAUGGAAGUGAAAAAAGAACUGGUGAAUGAGAUCCUGACUGCUCUAGGGCUCCAGGAGUGUGCUCACACCCGCACCAGCUCCCUAUCUGGGGGGCAGUGUAAACGGCUGGCAAUCGCCCUUGAGCUAGUCAACAACCCCCCAGUCAUGUUCUUUGACGAGCCAACCAGUGGUCUGGACAGUGCUUCCUGUUACCAAGUGGUUUCCCUCAUGAAAUCUCUAGCCCUGGGGGGACGCACCAUCAUCUGCACCAUCCACCAGCCCAGCGCCAAGCUCUUUGAGAUGUUUGAUAAGCUGUACAUCCUGAGUCAGGGUCAGUGCAUAUACAAAGGCACCGUCCCAUACCUCAUCCCCUAUCUGAAGAACCUAGGGCUCCACUGCCCCACCUACCACAACCCGGCAGAUUUCAUCAUCGAAGUGGCAUCAGGGGAGUAUGGAAAUUGGAAUCCUAUUCUGUUUGAGGCAGUCCAGGGUGGAAUGUGUGCCAUAGAGGAGAAGAAGAACUCAUUUGACAAAAAAGACACAUCCUCUGUUUGUCCAACAAAGUGCCUCAAGGACUCAGGAGCCAUUGAGAGCCAUUCAUUUGCCACAAGCACUUUUACACAGUUUUGCAUUCUCUUCAAUAGAACGUUGAUAACAAUAUGUCGAGACCAGGUGUUGACACACCUAAGGCUGAUGUCACACAUCUCUAUAGGAGUACUGAUCGGCUUGCUCUACUUGAACAUCGGCAACGAUGCCAGCAAGGUCUUCAACAACACCGGCUUCCUCUUCUUCUCCAUGCUCUUCCUCAUGUUUGGAGCUCUGAUGCCCACCGUGCUCACAUUUCCUCUGGAGAUGUCAGUUUUUCUGAGGGAACAUCUCAACUACUGGUACAGCCUGAAGGCUUACUAUCUGGCUAAGACUAUGGCUGACAUUCCAUUCCAGGUCCUCUGCCCCAUCAUGUACUGCAGUAUAGUGUACUGGAUGACAGAUCAGCCUCCGGAGGCCAUCCGCUUCCUGCUCUUUCUGGCCCUGUCCAUCUGCACGGCCCUGGUAGCCCAGUCACUAGGGCUCCUGGUUGGUGCUGCCUCCACCAACGUCCAGGUGGCCACUUUCGUCGGCCCCGUCACUGCCAUUCCUGUCCUUCUCUUCUCUGGUUUCUUCGUCAACUUUGACACCAUUCCCAAGUACCUGCAGUGGAGCUCCUAUGUGUCCUAUGUCAGGUACGGCUUUGAGGGGGUGAUCCUGUCCAUAUACGGGAUGAAUCGUACCUAUCUGUAUUGUCCGGGGAAAGUGUGUAAGUUCCAGAAGCCUGAGGAGGUCCUCCAACUGUUGGACGUGGAGGACGCCAAGCUCUACAUGGACUUCAUCGUUCUGGGGAUCUUCUUUGUGAUCCUCCGAUUCGCCACCUACCUGGUGCUGCGUUACAAGGUCAAGUCAGAGCGAUAAAAUAAGAAAACGUGGGUCCCACAUCCAGUUUAUAUAUCAAUACCAUAAAUCGCUGCUCGGAAAAACUGGAAUAUAUCACUUUUCUCUGUUGAAGUCAUGAUGAGACCAGAGAAGAGACAUCUUCUAUCAAACAUAAAAAAUUUACCUCAGCAAGUAGGACUCCAAGCAUCUACAAGCAUAUAUAUGUACAGUAGGGUGGGACUGAUGAGGGCACACAGACUGUUCAAAGGACAGACCUGCAGGAAAAACCAGAAACAGAGAAUGUUUACAUAUCAUUUAGCCUUGGCAUAGCCAGAGGACAUUCUACUGUUGCACUGGAGUGUGUCUGUUUUUAAAGACAGAAUUAAUGAGUAUUGUAAUCAUGUGUUGAUUCAAUUGCCUCAACUGAACAGAACUAUUCACUUUUCUUCCUACUAUCUUUCACUCAUCUAUGGUUUCGUUUCAGUUUUGAGAACUAGAAAAUAAAUAUUACUUAUUUGACAUGUUUAACAUUUAUGAAAAACAAAUCUAUAGAUUAUUAGGCUAUUAACUUGUUUUAUACUGUCUGAAAAAUGUACCUUUCUUUAAAAUG